AAAGUUGAGCAGACCACUUGCAUGGAGAACCUUCAAAGUUUACUGAAUCACAAGAAAGAGCUGUACAAGAAAGAUAUGCAAGGAAUGGACAAAGGUUAUUUGUAUUACCCAUUCUACCAGGCACCAGCAAGUUGGGCUCCAAAAGGACAGCUGGUGGCUCACAUUCAUGAUCACUUACAAGCAGUGAACAAGAUAAAGGUCAUUCCUGAUAGUACGUAUUUUGUGUCAUUCUCUGACGACAGUACAACUAAGAUAUGGGAUGUGAAUAAAAUGGAGGGACUACAUGUGAUCAAUAAACCAAGACUAGUGUACAGUCAGCAAGGUGGUAAGAUAAAGACUGGUUGCUAUUGUAUGGGUAAUCAAAGUAUAGUGGCAGCAUCUUCUAAUGGAACUAUACAUGCUUUCAAUAUUGACCGUGAGCCCAAUUCCAAACAGAAGGCACUAAAAGCUAAAGAUGUCCUCCGGUGGGAGUUAGACCCUUCUCUUCAUGGCAGUGUGGUGGAGAUGACUGAGAUGACUUGUGGGGGACAGAACGUGUUAGCUUUUGUUACAACUAAAGGUCACCUCUGUGGCCUUGAUCUAAGGACCCCUAAUCUAGCAUGGGACCUUGAGAAUGACCCAAGACACGGUUUAAUGCUGUCCAUGGCAUUGGAUCCGUUCCAGAACUGGAUUGCACUUGGUACCAGUCUCGGAUAUCAUAUAGUAUGGGACAUGAGGUUCCAGCUGCCGAUAUGUAACUGGAAACAUGAAGGACAUGGACGACCUUAUGUUCAUCGUAUACAGCAGCUCAGUUCUCAUCCCAAUCAGCUUCAGACUGUUCUAUCAGCAGCCAGUGGUAACAAUGAGAUAUCAGUCUGGGAUAUGGAGACUUCAACUAGAAGACAGAUGCUUUGGGCUAGCCCUACACAACCGUUUGGCCCCAUGACUGAAAACCCUCAGCAGCACAACAGUGUUCGAGCACUACAUACUUGUGUUGUUGGUAAUGACCCAGUCCUCCUCACUGGAGGCACUGACAGGUUCAUCAGGUUAUGGCAUCUCAAUAAUCCUUCGGAGUCCAGCUGUAUAGUGAAGGCUGGGGUUGGAUCUGAGAAAAUUGACAUAUCUUAUAGGUACAUCAUAAACUGUAAAUACAUGUACAUGUAUGCAAGUAGAGCUGAUUUUAAUUGAGAAUGAUUU